GUUUGACUAAAUGUGUACAUAUAACCUCACAAAUAGUUUUUGCCGUUCAAGUUAUCAAAACACGAUAAAAAAACUAAAAACAACGACUUUUUGACACUUUCGUUAUCAAACCAUAUCAAACUCAAGGUUCUAAUCAAUUUAACCUUCUUCAACCUUUCAUUUCAGCAUUAGUAGUAGUAGUGCAUGUAUUUCGGCAUAGAAAAGCGCGUGUUGUUUCCUUUUGAUUUAAAUAAAAAUGGGUGGAAAAUAUACAAAAUUAGAUCCUAUGGAAGUUGAAGUUCCCGAAAUAGAUGCGUUACUGAACAGAGAUGGUUAUUUGAGGCCCUACGAAAGAGAAAUUAGAAGAAGAUAUGCCUGCUUUAAAGAUAUAGAAGAGAACAUUGAACAAAAUGGAGGAGGUUUAGAUAAAUUUACACAGGGAUAUAAGUAUUAUGGAAUUAAUGUCCAACAGGAUAAUACAAUUAUAUGUAGGGAAUGGGCACCAGGAGCACAACAAUUGUUUUUAACUGGGGAUUUUAAUGGUUGGAAUAGAGAUAGUCACCCAUACAAAAAAUUAGAAUAUGGAAAAUGGGAGUUAAUAUUGCCACCCAAUCAAGAUGGUUCACCAGCAAUACCACAUUUAUCAGAGCUGAAGGUUGUAGUUCAGACAUGGGAAGGCCACAAAGUGGAUAGGCUGUCACCAUACGCAACAUAUGCAGUAGAGCCUCCCAAGCAUGAAGGAACUAUUUAUAAACAAAAGUUUUGGAAUCCUCCUCAGACUCAAAGAUACAUAUUUAGACACAAGAAAGUGCCUCGUCCUAAAAGCCUUAGAAUUUACGAAUGCCACGUUGGAAUAGCAACUCAAGAACCAAAGGUUGGAACUUAUGAUAACUUUACUGAUAAUGUUCUUCCUAGAAUCGUUAAACAAGGGUACAACUGUAUUCAGUUAAUGGCUGUCAUGGAACACGCUUACUAUGCUAGUUUUGGAUAUCAGGUUACCAGUUUUUAUGCGGCAUCUAGUAGAUAUGGUACACCCGAAGAACUCAAGCGUUUGGUGGACAGAGCACAUGAGUUGGGAUUAAUGGUAUUAUUGGAUCUUGUACAUUCUCAUGCCAGUAAGAACGUAAUGGACGGUCUUAAUCAAUUUGAUGGAACUGAUUCCUGUUUCUUCCACUCUGGUCCAAGAGGCGAACAUUCUUUAUGGGAUUCUAGACUGUUUAACUAUUCAGAAUUCGAAGUACUCCGUUUUCUUCUUUCAAAUAUAAGAUGGUGGAUGGAAGAGUACCGUUUUGAUGGUUUCCGUUUUGACGGUGUCACUUCCAUGUUGUACCAUUCUAGAGGAAUCGGUCAAGGUUUUGGUGGUCACUAUGACGAUUAUUUCAGUAUGGGUGUAGAUACUGAGGGAUUGGUUUAUCUUAUGAUGGCUAACCAUAUGAUUCACAAACUACACAGCGACGCAGUUACUAUUGCUGAAGACGUGUCUGGUAUGCCAGGGACUUGCCGUCCAGUCACAGAAGGUUGUAUGGGAUUUGAUUACAGAUUGGCCAUGGCUAUACCUGAUAAAUGGAUAAAACUGCUAAAACACAAAUCCGAUGAUGAAUGGGACAUGGGCAACCUUAUACAUACAUUAACAAAUAGACGAUGGAUGGAAGGCAACGUAGCAUACGCAGAAUCUCACGAUCAAGCCUUAGUCGGUGAUAAAACUAUCGCAUUUUGGUUAAUGGAUAAAGAAAUGUAUACGCACAUGAGCACCUUAUCCGACCAGUCGCUCAUCAUCGACAGAGGCAUUGCUUUGCACAAACUCAUACGUUACGUAACUCACGGUCUAGGAGGAGAAGCCUACCUAAACUUUAUUGGUAACGAAUUUGGUCAUCCAGAAUGGCUAGAUUUUCCAAGGGCUGGCAACAACAGUUCCUAUCACUACGCCAGGAGACAAUGGAAUCUCGUUGAUGAUGAUAUUCUGAAAUAUAAGUUUUUGAACAACUGGGACGCCGCUAUGAACCACACAGAGCAGAAAUACGGAUGGUUGGCGGCUCAUCCAGCAUAUGUCAGUACAAAACACCAGGAUGAUAAGGUGAUAGUCUUUGAGAGAGCAGGAUUGGUAUUCGUCUUCAACUUCCAUCCCACCAAGAGUUUUGCAGACUACAGAGUGGGAGUAGAAGUAGAAGGAAACUACAGAAUCGUUUUGAGUUCUGACGACAAAGCUUUUGGAGGUUUCGAUAGGAUCGACAAAUCAGUUACUUUUGCAACUACCCCUGAAGGAUUUGCUGGCAGAAGAAAUUAUAUGCAGGUCUAUAUUCCAAGCAGGACGUGCAUAACAUUGGCAAAAGAGUAAAUCAACGGUAACUAAAAAAAUCAUGGUUUAAUAAGAUUAAGCACUUUAUAUUAUUUUCCUACUCCAAAAUAACAAAAUAAUCAUAUGCGCAGUUUUUGCAUUUUAUGUCAAAAAAAUAUUUAGUGCCAUGUUUAAGAAGACUACUAUUUUGAUAUAGGAAAAGUUAAAUUUUUUAUAUUGUACCGAUAGUUUUUAUUCUUUAAAAAAUAUUUGUUCGGUACAGCUAUUUUUAUACAAAUUUUAUUGUAAUCUCGAUUGAAAAUUAACUUUUUAAAUUCGUUUUAUGCUACUUAAAUAUUUUUAGAAUGUUGUUUUAUAAUAAUUGUUAGAUACUUUUUGGAUUUUCCUAUAUCUGUUUACUGUCUACGAUAUUACUAAAAUUGUACAUUAAAUCACUGAAUGAAAUUAAAUCCAGGAUAUUUCUGGCAGGCCAGAACUGAAUAAAGUUAAACAUAUAACUAAAAUUACCCUCAAAUAUAAUGAUCUGUUAAUAAAGUAUCGAAUUUGUUAAAUUUUGAGAAAUCGGCCAUUAAUGUUUAUCAAAAAUUUGCUUUACAAAACCAGUUGUUAAGGUACUGGUACACUUUACAAGACCAAAAAUAAUCAUUUUUUUCAAGAAUUUUUUUCUCAGAAACUUUAUUACAAAUGAACAUAAAACUUUUUACAUAUUAAUCUCUAACUCUUAGAGAGUACAAAAAAUAUAUCUUUUCUUAUUUAUGCACGUACACUAAUAUUGUAGAGGGCGCAAAAGUCGAGGCCUCGAAAAAUGAUGGCGAACAGUUAAUCUCAGGAUUGAGAUAUCUGAACCAAAAAAAUCGUACGGCAUUUGAAAAAGGAAGGUUUCUUACGUGACAAUUUACCACAAUUUAACCAAAAAAUAAAAGAUAAAUAUUUUUUAACCAUGAAAAACUGAAGAAAAACGGGCGAUUUUUUCACAAAAAUUUUUCAAAUUUCCGUAAAAUCUUUCUUUUGCGGAAUUUUUCACUAACGGUGGUAAAUUGUCACGUAAGAAACCUUCCUUUUUCAAAUGCCGUACGAUUUUUUUGUUUCAGAGAUCCCAAUCCUGAGGUUAACUGUCCGCCAUCGGAGCUACUUUUUUUCGAGGCCUCGACUUUGGCGCCCUCUACAAUAUUAGUGUAAGUACACAAAUAAAAAAAAAUAUAUUUUUUGUAUUCUUUAAGAAAUAGAUAUUAAUAUGUAACAAGCUUUAUGUUCAAGGUUCUGAGAAAAAAAAUCUUGAAAAAAUGCUAAUUUUUGGUCUUCUAAAGUGUACUAGUACCUUAAAUUCGCCCUAAAAUAGGAGCAACUUUGUUUUUUAACUAAAAAAACAAUUUUUGUUAUUUGUUACCUGAUAGUUUAUUUUUGUUGAAUAAAAAUAUUUUUAGUAA